GCUCCACUCGGAAGCUCUACGAAAAGAAGAUCUUCGAGUACGAGACCCAGAGGCGGAGGCUGUCGCCCCCCAACUCGUCAGCCUCAUUCUCCUAUAGGUUCUCGGACUUGGAUUCAGGAUCUGUGGACUCGGAUAUGUACGAUCUGCCUAAGAAAGAGGACGCCUUACUUUACCAGAGCAAGGGCUAUAACGACGACUACUAUGAGGAGAGUUACUUAAGCACCAGGACUUACGGGGAACCUGAGUCUGUGGGCACAGCCAAAGGCUUCCGCCAGCCUGGGACUUCACUCUCGGAUGCCGACACCUUUCACCACCAGGUACGCGAUGACAAUCUUUUCUCUUCUUCUGAAGAGGAGAGCAAAGAUAGGGAGCGCCCCACGUAUGGCCGGGACAGUGCCUACCAGAACAUCGCGCACUACCGCCCCAUUUCCAGUGUGUCCAGGGGCUCCUUGGGCAUGCCCUACUACCCUUCAUCCUCCUCCAGUUCUUCUGUGUCCUACUCCUCCUCUCCCCCAUCAUGGCUCACCCG